AUCUGACCAUGGGAACACUGUGCAGUAGUAACCUUUCUCCACUAGUUGUCGCCAUGUGUCUUUUACGUUUUGGUCUUGGUAGCGUUUCUUCUCUCCAUCUCGCUUCUUGUUGACUGUGUGGACUUGCACAGGAAAAGCAAAACUCGGGCAUGGCGGUUUCGGAGAGAUCAACUAAAGAGAGAUUAUUGAGUGUUUUAGACGACGUGGAAGUGUUAUCAAGGGAAUUGAUCGAAAUGUUGGCGAUGUCAAGAAAUCAGAAGUUACCACAGCCUGGAGAGGAGAGUCAAAUCCUGGAGUUGUUGGUGCAGAGGGACGGGGAGUUUCAGGAGUUGAUGAAGGUGGCUCAGGAGCAGGGCAAAGUCCACCAGGAGAUGCAGCUUCUGGAGAAAGAGGUGGAGAAGAGGGACAGUGACAUCCAGCAGCUGCAGAAGCAGCUUAAAGAAGCUGAGCACAUACUGGCAACUGCAGUAUAUCAAGCAAAAGAAAAACUAAAAUCAAUAGAAAAAGCAAGAAAAGGUAGCAUCUCGUCUGAAGAAAUUAUUAAGUAUGCUCACCGCAUCAGUGCCAGUAAUGCGGUGUGUGCUCCUCUGACAUGGGUGCCAGGUGACCCCCGCAGACCAUACCCGACUGACCUGGAGAUGAGGAGUGGGUUGUUGGGACAGAUGAGUAACCUCCCUACCAAUGGUGUCAAUGGACACCUGCCUGGGGAUGCACUGGCUGCUGGGAGAUUACCAGAUGUAUUGACUCCGCAGUACCCGUGGCAGUCGAGUGACAUGUCUAUGAACAUGCUGCCUCCGAACCACAGCAAUGACUUUAUGCUGGAGCCUCCGGGUCACAACAAGGAGAACGAGGAUGAUGUGGAGGUGAUGUCCACAGACUCCUCCAGCAGCAGCAGCGAUUCCGACUAGAUGUAAAAGGAAAAGAGUGAGGGAGAGAGAGCGUGCAAUGGACUUGGAACUUACUAACUGCAUUUUAGCAGCUGAGCAGAAACUUCUAUUCAACUUUUCCCUGUCGCAGAAGGGAAUGAAAAUGACUGCAAUUGGAAAAGCAUACUGGAUUCCGCUGCGCUGAAACCACUCUUAUUAUUUAAACACACAUUGAUACUGAUCUUUUGCCUUGCAGUACAUUGAGCUAAAAAGAGCCAAUAAACAAAGGCCUGGGUUAACACAAGUGGGCCGGUAGGCUGCAUUGUUGGACCGUCAAAAGUUGUAUCUGGCUUACUUUUGUUACUAUAAUUUGCUAUGUGGAGACAGGACAGUACUAAACAGACACAUAAGAAUACCCUGCUUCAGGUAUGAGAGUUAAUUGGAGAAUGGUUCAUUGAUUUGAUGGUGCAUGACGUUCCAGUUAGUAGCACCCAAGGAACUUCAAUUAUCUGUACUGAAGAAAGUGGAUAAUAUGCAACAGAGAGGAUGUAUUUGGUUAAGUUACUGUUUCAAAAUAGUAUCUAGUGGUGACAGCUUUUCUACUGCAUUUCUUUGGAAUUUGUAAAUAGUACUGUAAUAUAUCAAUCGUGACAUUUUCCUACUUUGUAAAUUAAAGAGUUGAAAAGAAAUAAUCCAGUCCUUGAAUUAAAUGUGUACAAUUGAAGGUGCAUCAAAAUGUGAUGAACAAGUUCAGCUGGAACCAGCACAGGUAGCUGCUAACGCAGAGCAGAGAGGCUUGAGUGAAGUUA